GUGAGUCUGUCGGAGAGGUAGCGUAGAAGCAACCAAGAAAGUGGCAUGCCGCUCUCUUUCAUGGUUCUUCCCUAGCCUGUCAGACGCAAAAAAUAAUAAUAAAAAAAUCACAUGGAGGGUAGUGCAAACAGGAAGAGAAAGAUUAGCCAUGAUGAAGAUCAGGAGGAAGACGAUGAACAAAAGAUAGAAAAGUUCUUUGCUCUUAUCAAGAAUCUUCGCGAGGCUCGUGACCGUCUGAUGAAUGGCUCGAAUGGAUUCAACGGGACAGAUCAGAACAAAAGAGACAAGAUGAAGAAAGUCGAGGAACAGAAGCAGACUCAUGCAGUUUGGAAACCCUCGUUCCAACGCGAAGAUUUCGUGGAAGAGGUGGCAGCUCCGUUCAAAAACCCUCCGGUGACGGCGUUAGUGGGUUCUUCUUCUCAAAGAGGUGGAGGAGGAGGUAAUAAAGAAAAUGAUACGGACGGCUUAGACCUAAGGCUUUCACUCUAGCGUUGCGCUUUCAUUUUGCUUGCAGAAUGAUUAUCGAUCUAUAUAUUAUGUAUGCCAGUUAAUUAGUACCAUGGCUUUUCGCUUUGGCCGAAGGUUAGUAAUGUUUAAUUAAUUGAUAUGUAUUUAUUUAUUUUGAAUUAUGGACUAUAUAGUCUAUAUAUAUAUGAUCCAAAUUUAAUGAGCUUAG